CUUGGCAUAAUAUAUAAAAAAAAAUCAUCAAAGGAGUUGUUUAAUUAACUUCUCCCAACUCUUAAGUUGUUAAGUUUUUUGUUUGCAUAUUCGAUACGUACCAUGGAUUACAGAUCAUCUAUGGAGUCCUCGGAAACCCUAAGGAACAAGUGCGCAGCUUGUUAUAGGCAAUUCAACAAAAUGGAACAUUUAGUGGAACACAUGAAGAUCUCUUAUCACUCCGGUCAUGAGCCUACUUGUGGCGUUUGCAAGAAGCAUUGCCGAUCUUUUGAGUCCCUCCGGGAGCAUCUCAUAGGACCAUUGCCAAAACAAGAAUGCAAGAAUAUUUUUAGCCUUCGCGGAUGCAGAUUCUGCAUGAUGAUCCUCGAAAGCCCUAACGCUCGUAGGAUUCACCAAGAGAGAUGCCAAUUUUCGAGCGUCAAUGCUGGAUUGACGACUCGUAUGGCAGCGUUAGGCCUAAGAGAUAAAACCAUCAUCGACUACACGUCAUCACGGUCUCCAAAAGUGGUUGCACUCUCUUGCAAGAUGGUAGGAGGAGGAAGCGACGGGUCGUUGGAUCUAUGCGCAAGGGUUUGCAUAACGGAUGAGAGUGAUAACGUCGUGUUCCAUACGUACGUGAAACCGUCAAUGGUUGUGACGAACUAUAGGUACGAGACGACCGGUAUACGUCCGGAGAAUCUAAGGGACGCAAUGCCGUUGAAAUAUGCACAAAGAAAGAUUCAAGAAUUUCUUUGUAAUGGAGAGCCCAUGUGGAAGAUUCGUCCAAGAGGUGGGAAAGGGAGGAUUCUCGUGGGACAUGGGCUCGAUCAUGAUCUUGACCGCCUUCAAAUUGAAUAUCCUUCUUCCAUGAUAAGGGAUAUUGCAAAAUACCCUCCUUUGAUGAAAACAAGCAAGCUGAGCAAUUCUCUCAAGUACUUAACCCAAGCCUAUCUCGGGUAUGAUAUUCAUGUUGGGAUACAAGACCCAUACGAAGAUUGUGUAGCGACGAUGAGGCUUUACACGAGAAUGAGAUAUCAGAAACAUAAGAUGGAAGCAUAUCCUUUACCAGCCGACGUGCAGAACCGUAGCAAUCAAGUGGCUUGGAGGCAGAGCGAGGUCGAAAGGAUGUCUCCUAAUGAAAUGCUCUCCAUCUCUCGCUCCUACUACUAUUGCUGGUGCUUGGACUCCCUCGCUUGAUUCCUAAGACUACGAGAAUCUCUCAUAAUUACUUCAUAAACUUUUUCGAGAUUUUAAUUUAGUAGCGUAAAGUCGAAUAAGCAUUAAUUCUUAGUUCUAAUAGUUUCUAAAUUUUAUGGUAUGUGUCGUGUGAGAUGCAAAUGUUGUUCUUGUACUUCUAAUAACGCAUAUUGCUCUUAUUUUUUUAAUAAUUAUUGUUUUAUUGAAAUUUAAUUAGUAAUCACGUGUUAGAUUUUUUAUCUAUAAACUAGGUGA